AUGGGCUUGUUGCCGCACGUGCCAGCAUUUCGUCUAUCACACUUUUUAUUUCCGACCACGCUGUCGCCCGGGCUGUCACGGGCCGCGACAUGCACUGUGCGCCCGACCCUCGCUGAGCGGCGCCUGCUGAUUUUGCCUGGCUGGCGCUCCUCCGCCGGCGACAGCCCCUCGCCCGCGACCGGCCCACCCGCAGCCGCAGCUUCUUCUUCUUCUGGUGCGCCACGCGAGGAGCCACGGCCACACUGGAGGCAGCCUUCGCGUCAGACGACAUGCGCGGUGCCCGGCGCCGGCCGCUGCCUGGACGCACCCCCUGCGGAAGAGCCUGGGCGAUGCAGCCGCAGCAGCUGGGGCGACGACGCCAGCGGCGGCACCGCUGAGCGGCGUCGCGACGCCCAUGCGCCCCGACCCGCCGCGCCCGCCGUCCUCCCGUUACGAGCGCCGCGCGGACGCGCGUCGCCCACCUUCGCAACCCUGGCCGCAGCGAUGGACAUCCAGGCCAUGCAGUCCAUGGACUGGCUUUUCAAAAAGGAGCGCAUCUACCUCCUCGCGCAGUUUUGGCAGCAGCGAGCGACCCUGGCGGAGAAGGAGGUGAGCGCGCUGAAGGAGCAGCUCGCGUCCGCCAACCAGAGCCUGCACCUGCCCGUGGGUGAGGCCGGCGCCAAGGGCAAGCCUGGCGGCGGCGAAGACGGUGGAGGCGGCGGCGUGGAGCACGUGGUGGGCCGCGCCGCGGGCCUCGAGAUGGAGCUCGCCGCCAAGGAGAAGGAGGUGGCGCAGCUGCUGGACGACGUGGCGCGCCUGCAGGCGUCGCUGGCCAAGCUGCAGGAGAGCAGCCAGGGGCAGGUGGCGCGCCUGGAGGAGCAGCUGGAGCUGAAGCGGCAGCACAUCGCGCGGCUGGAGGCGCGCCUCGACGCGCAGCGCGACUACGACGACGUCAAGCGGGAGCUCAGCAUCCUGCGCAGCCUGGAGUUCCCGAGCGCGCUGGCGGCGCACGCGGCGGCUGCCGCUGGGGCCGCGGGCGUCGGCGUAGGCGCGGGAGUUGGCGCGGGCGCCGACGCCGGCAGCAAGUCGCUGGAGCUGCUGCUGCUGGAGCGGUCGAAGGCGCUGCAGGCCGCCGAGAACUCCCUCAAGGCGGCCGCCGCCGCGUCCGGCGCCGCCGACGCCGCCCGCCGCCCGCCGCCGCAGCCGCAGUUUUGUUCCCGGAAUUUAUUUAUGACUGGUUCUUUGGGAAAUUGUCUAUAA